AUGCAGUGCUACUCAGAACUGACGCCGCCGACGGCCGUCUCCCACUCCAUCGCCCUCCCUUUACUCUCGGCGCAAAGCAACAAUCUCGUCGUCGCAAAAGCUUCAGUACUCCAGAUAUUCGAGACCAAGAUCGUCACAUCCGAAGUCGACGUCCCUCAGGCCUCGAAUCUUCACUCGACUAAGCCCAAUACCCACUACGAUAGUCGAAUCAACGAUGACGAGGGACUCGAGUCCUCCUUCCUCGGCGGCGAUGCUGCCUUCCAGAAAGCCGAUCGCGCCCACAAUACCAAGCUCGUUCUCGUUGCAGAGGUCUCUGUGUCUGGAACUGUCACUGGGCUGGCGAGGAUCAAGACCAAGAACACCGUGUCAGGGGGCGAAGCGCUGCUGGUCCAGUUCAAAGACGCCAAGCUGAGUCUGCUGGAAUGGGACCCGGAGCGGCACGACCUGACCACCAUUUCGAUCCAUUACUAUGAGCAGGAGGACCUCCAAGGAAGCCCAUGGGCACCUCCGCUGAAUGACUGCGUCAACUUCCUGGCUGCUGAUCCUGGGAGCAGGUGCGCCGCCCUGAAGUUUGGCUCCAGGAACCUCGCCAUCUUGCCUUUCAAACAGGCUGAUGAGGAAGACAUUGCAAUGGAUGACUGGGAUGAGGAACUUGAUGGCCCAAGACCGGUGAAACAAGACCUGCCCUCGGCGGUUGUAAAUGGCAUUAGCAACAUAGAAGACACCCCGUAUUCACCGUCAUUUGUCCUUCGAACAUCCCGUCUCGAUCCCAACCUGAUCCAUCCUAUUGAUCUCGCCUUCCUGCACGAGUAUAGAGAGCCAACCUUUGGCAUUUUAUCCUCGAAGCUGGCUCCUUCAGCAUCAGUGGGCCGGAAGGAUCAUCUUUCCUUCAUGGUGUUCAAUCUAGACAUUCAACAAGCGUCCCACACCCCUAUCUUGUCCGUCGGUGGGCUGCCUCAAGAUCUGUUCAGGGUCAUUGCUGUGCCCGCUCCCGUUGGUGGUGCCCUCCUUGUCGGGGCCAACGAGCUGAUCCACAUAGAUCAGUCAGGCGCAACGAAUGGGGUGGGGGUGAACCCCUUCACGAAGCAGUGCACAGAUUUUACUCUGAACGACCAGUCCAGUCUUGGUUUGCGCCUCGAAGGAUGCUCCCUUGAUUUCAUUUCACCUGAGACGGGGCAAAUGCUUCUUGUUCUGUCUGAUGGCCGCCUGGCGACUCUGGACUUCCAGGUGGACGGACGUAGAGUGUCUGGCCUCCUGCUCAAGCUCGUCGCUCCUGAAUCAGGGGGCAACAUCAUUCCAUAUCGGGUAUCUUGCCUCAGUCGCCUGGGCAGAAACACAAUCUUUGCGGGCAGCGAAGAAGGAGACUCGGUUGUUUUUGGUUGGACCCGCAAACAGGGCCAGACUUCAAGGAGAAAACCACGACCUCAGGACGCGUCAGUGGACCUUGAAGACCUGGAAGAGGAAGAUUUCGAGGAUGAAGACGAUCUUUACGCGGACACUCCGGCAGUUACCCAGGCCGCAAACGGCAUUGCUGCAGCGAAAGGCGGCGAGGUGGUUUUCAGGAUUCAUGACAAGUUCACGAGUAUUGCACCAAUCCGAGACAUCACAUACGGAAAAGCAUCAUUCCCGAGCGACGAUGAAGAGGAGCAGAACAUGUCCGGGGUGCGGAGCGACCUGCAACUCGUUGCAGCUGUGGGCACUGGCCGCGCUGGGUCAUUGGCAAUAAUGAACCGCGAAAUACAGCCUAAGGUCGUCGGUCGAUUUGAGUUCCCUGAAGCUCGGGGAGUAUGGACUAUGAAUGCACAAAAGCCUGUGCCAAAGUCCUUACAAGCAGAGAAGGGCGGCGCAGCCGUAGGAAACGACUACGAUCCCUCUGCACAGUACGACAGAUUCAUGAUUGUGGCAAAAGUCGAUCUAGACAACUACGAGACAUCAGAUGUCUACGCUCUGACUGCCGCUGGUUUUGAGUCGUUAACUGGUACCGAAUUCGAGCCGGCUGCAGGUUUUACUGUCGAAGCUGGGAUGAUGGCAAAUCAUAGACGGAUCAUACAGGUCUUGAAAUCAGAAGUCCGCAUUUAUGAUGGAGAUCUUGGGUUGGCUAUGAUUCUCCCCAUGGAGGACGAAGAAACUGGAGCCGAACCUAGAGUCCUGAGUGCGAGCAUCUGUGACCCAUAUCUUCUUCUCAUCAGGGACGACUCGAGCGCACUCGUUGCAGAAAUGAGUUCUGACGAUGAGCUGGAGGAGCUGGAGAAGCCAGAGGGAAAGCUUCGAUCGACGAAAUGGGUUUCUGGAGACACGACUUCCAAGACACCCCACCUCAUACUCCGCCAUGCCAAUGACGACCUCACGAUCUACGAGCCACACCGAAAUUCCAAAUCCAAUGCCAACGACCUCACGAGUUCACUGUUCAUCCGAAAAGUUACCAAUCAGUCCUUUGCGAAGAGCAUUGAAGAGCCGACAGAUGAUGAUGAUACCACCGACGAGCCUCGGAAGAUGCCGCUGCGGGCGAUAGAUAACGUUGGUGGCUAUAGCACUGUCUUUCUUCCCGGCUCCUCACCGAGCUUCAUCAUUAAGUCUUCGAAAUCGACGCCGAAAGUGAUCGGCAUUCAGGGCACAGGCGUCAGGACUCUGAGCUCCUUUCACACCGAAGGUUGCGAAAGGGGGUUCAUAUACGCGGACUCCGAGGGCAUGUCCCGUGUCACACAGCUCCCUACCGACUGCACAUUCUCAGAGGUAGGUAUGUCACUUCAGAAGGUUCCUCUGGGGGCCGAUACAGACUCAGUAGCAUUCAACUCCCGCGCUGAGGUGUACGCCAUCGGAUGCAAUACUGAAGAGGAAUUCGAGCUCCCGAAAGACGAGGACAGCAAUCCGCAACAAGCCCCGACUUGGAUGAAGGAGAAGAUCACGUUCAAGCCAGUAGCUGAGCGUGGCACUUUGAAGCUCAUCACACCGCAUACUUGGACUGUCAUUGACGAGGUCGAGAUGGAGCCGUGCGAGAUAGUCACCUGCGUCAAAGCUCUGAACUUGGAGAUCUCCGAAACAACACACGAACGGAGUGAGCUAAUCGUCGUCGGCACCGCCAUCUCUCGGGGUGAGGACCUCCCCAUUCGCGGCCGAAUCUAUGUCUACGAUGUUGCCACCGUUAUCCCUGAGCCCGGCCGUCCAGAGACAGACAAGAAAUUCAAGCUGGUUGCCAAAGAAGACAUACCUAGGGGCGGUGUCACGGCUAUCUCUGGCGUGGGAACUCAGGGGUUUGUCCUAGUCGUGCAUGGCCAGAAGUGUACAGUGCGCGGCCUUAAGGAAGACGGAUCACUACUUCCAGUUGCCUUCAUGGACAUGAGCAACUACGUCACGAGCGUCAAGGAGAUACCGAGCACAGGCCUCCUGGCUAUGUCAGAUGCCUUCAAGGGAGUGUGGUUCACAGGCUACACCGAAGAGCCAUACAAGAUGAUGCUCUUUGGCAAGAGCAAUACGAAGUUGGAGGUCUUGAACUGUGAAUUUGUGCCAGACGGCAAGGAUCUUUUCAUCCUGGCUGUCGACGUGGAUGCGAAUAUCCACAUCUUCCAGUUCGAUCCUGAACACCCAAAAUCCCUUCAAGGCCAUCUUCUUUUGCACCGAACAUCAUUCAACGUGGGAGCGCACCUGCCUGUCAAGUCAUUGCUGCUACCACGGGUGCCUCUUGCCAACUCGCAGCCGCAAGAGAAUGGACAUCUCACCAACGGCAACACAGCGAACACCGUCCCUCCUCACACUAUCCUCUUCGCGUCGCCCACCGGUUCCCUGGCCACACUUACAUCUGUAUCCGAAACAUCAUAUCGGCGCCUUUCAUCACUUAUGUCACAGCUCAUCAACACCCUGCCCCACCCGGCGGGCCUCAACCCCAAGGCUUACCGCAUGCCGCCGUCGGCGACGCAGACGAAGGCCAGCAUGGGGCCAGGUGUUGACGCAGGAGGCGGCCGCAACAUUGUCGACGGCGCGGUGCUGGCGAGGUGGAUGGAGCUUGCGAGCGGCAGGAGGGCGGAGAUUGCGGGACGUGUUGGAUACUCGGGAUCCGAGGAGGUGAGGGCCGACCUGGAAGGUGUGUUGGGUUGGAGCGGGCUGGGCUACUUCUAG